GGACUACACUGAAGAGAGUGGACAUGGCACUAAAAAUUCUUGGAGCUGCCUUAAGUAGGCUGAGUUUAACAACUACUACUAAAGGCAGCCAGCUGUCAUCCCUCAGUCACCUUCAGACAAAGCUGUCAACUCCACCAGCUACAUCCCUUAGUUGUGUGUCCCAAGCCACAAUCACCACUGCAGCUUUCACAUCACAAACCAACUGUUACAUGCUACACUCAGGUGGCCUGACCCCUCCAAAUUUGUGCAAUCGAAUAACCCAACCACUGGGACUUCCUUCACAGGUCCGUGAUUUGAGUACCAGUCCAGUGUGCCCGGCAAGCCUCGGACAGAUGCACCGCACUGGUCCCAUAAAAAAGAAACGCAAGAAUAAGAACCCUCUAGGAGACAAGCCCUUUGCGAGAGGGGUGGUGCUCAAGACACUCAUCAAGAAGCCUAAAAAGCCCAAUUCUGCUAACCGCAAGUGUGUGUUGGUGCGCCUUUCAACAGGAAAGGAAAUGGUUGCUUAUAUACCUGGUGAAGGACACAACCUACAGGAACACAACGUUGUGUUGGUGAGGCCAGGCAGACUGAGGGACGUGCCUGGUGUCAAGGUGAAGUGCGUUCGUGGCAAGUAUGACCUGCAGCAUGUCAUCAAGAAGCAGCAUUAAAGACAAGACAGAGUAGAGCAUUGAAUUGUGCAUCUAGUUAUGUGAGCCAUGCAAUAGUCAGGUGUCACAUUCAUUACACGGGUGACCAUGGAAAGAUUCUUCAAGAGACCAUUCAUCUGCCUUGCAGGACAACUAAGGAACACUGAGGUGACUGUGACCACUGCAAACACUGAUGUGAAGGAUUUACUUCAUGGUUACACUGCAACAACCUGUAUUUAGUGUCUGCUUGGCCUGAGAUAACUAAUGAUCCAGAAUCAUUGGAAUUACUUGUUGAAUAGCAUUAUGCUAAGUCAGAGACUGAAAGUUGUGUAACUGUUGUUGAUCUGUUUGUAAAGCUGUAAAUAUAAGAUACUGUUUUGUGA